UGCCUCCGCCGUCGGCCGCCUCCAGGACCCAGAGAGAAUGGCCGACACCGAGUUCGAGGAGUUGCGGCAUUACCUCGAAAGGUUACCUCGCCACCUCAAGGGGCCCAUCUCGAAUUACACGCUCGUGCACGAUGUCACGAUCGACGACUCCUCGACGUCGUCCCAAGGGAGCGACGCCGACGUCGGAAGGUCCUGCGCCGGGGUCGGCGGGGAUUCCGAGGACGAGGAGGUCGCGAUCCACCGGCAGGAGACCCAGAGCGGGCACACCUCGGCCGACGACAGCGAGGACCUGGACAAUCAUUGCGCCAUCGUAGCCGACAGUGAUUUCAGCAGGGGUCGAUACGACAGAGGCGGUCCAGGUCGGGGAAGCGGAGGCGGCCACGACGGCAGGGAGAGCGUCGUCAGCGACGUCGGGGACUCCUGUUCCAGCCUGAGCUCCUGGGCGACCCCGGAACAUGUUCCAGUCAACCGGCAAGGCAGCACCGGGAACGAGCGUCGGCGUCGCCGGCUCCCGGAGAUCCCGAAAAAUAAAAAGUCUCUGCCGCUUGGCCAGAGCUCGCUGCACUCUUCCUGCUCGUUGGCCGAGGAGCUGGACGCGGCCGAGUCCGCGUCCGGCAGACGUCACCUGGUGCUUCGCAAGUGUCAUCCGCGAUUGCGUUACGAGGACAGCUCGCCGGACAGCGAGAGAAUGGCCACGGACAGCGGCCACUCGACGGCCCACUCGCCGGAAAACGGGCCGAAAAGUGUCUCGCCGAUCCCGGGCGCCACUUUGCGGAACGCCGAGUCGGGGUCUCCCGGCAGUACUCCAGGAAGCGGAGGAAUACCCUUCAUGCAGCUGGAGCUGCUCGAGGCGACGCAUCGAGGCCUCCACAAAUUCGUGCCGCGGCACCACGACGAGAUCGACCUCGAGAUCGGCGACCCUCUGUACGUGCAGAAGGAAGCCGACGACCUCUGGAGCGAAGGGGUGAAUCUUCGUACCGGUCGCCAAGGGAUCUUCCCAUCGGCCUAUGCAGUGGACAUGGAUUACAGCGACUUCGACCCCUCGGCCCCUAAGGUGAAGAGAGAGCGUUACCUCCUGGGGUACCUCGGCUCGGUGGAGACCCUGGCCCAUAAGGGGACCAGCGUGGUGUGCCAAGCGGUUCGCAGGAUCGUCGGGAACUCCUCCCAGGAUUCGCCGGUCUCGCAGAGUUGCAUCCUGGAGGUGUCGGACCAAGGCCUCAGGAUGGUCGACCGGAGUAAGCCACGGAAAACUCAAGGGCCGUGUCACGAUUACUUCUACUCUUUGAAAAACGUCUCCUUCUGCGCCUUCCACCCUCGCGACCAUCGUUACCUUGGCUUCAUCACGAAACACCCAACCUUGCAGAGGUUCGCUUGUCACGUUUUCAUUGGCCAGGAAUCGACGAGGCCGGUUGCCGAAGCUGUCGGGCGAGCUUUUCAUCGAUUCUACACGAAAUUCAUCGAGACUGCUUUUCCCAUAGAGGAUAUCUACAUCGAGUAGGUCGUACCCUUCGGACAAGGAACGAGGCGGUCUCAGAGAAAAUCAGGGGAAAACCAAAAGGGAACCAAAAAAAAAAAAGAAAGAUAAUAUCGAUACCCCGCCUCUUCGAUUUGAACCCCGUGACCCGUGUAUAUACACCCCAGGCCUGUAGUCUAAAUAAACGCGAAUAAGAAGCUCGAUGUAAUUAUCCGAAUUGAGGAAGUGGCGCGAGAGGACUGAUAUCUUUUUCUUAAUUUUCUUCUUUUUUUUUUUUUCUUCC